UGUUCAACAAUAUUUCACGAUAUUAUUGGUUUACUACGUUAGUAAAUCAAUUUAGGGGUGGUCUCUCAUUUCGUGAUAUUAAAUAAUAACUUAUAAAACGUAGUGCAUAUUUGAGAAGCAAAAGUUGUUUGAAGGCUAAUAUAUAGUAGUAUUUAUAGUAAAACGUUUUAAAAAGAAAUUAACCCUGAAACCUUGUAAUCCUUUGACAACUGGUAACCUUGAAACUGUCCCCUGGAUUUGCAAGUCGGAGAAGCUAAAGAUGGCGGAUGUGAGAGAAGAUAUGGCUCAAAGCCGAGCGCGAAGACAGACACAAGGAACUCCUGGCAGCCAAGAAGAUAUUCAAGAAGGGAGCAUGCUUGAUGAAUUUGAUCCUUUUUCUGGAGAGACCGACAUAUUCGAAGAAAAUGUCAACAUAUCUCUUACAGCACCACCACAGUCUCAGUGGUAUCAUGGUCGGCUUGAUCGUAUCACAGCUGAACAACGACUUCAAGUGGCAAAUAAAUUGGCUAGUUACCUUGUGCGAGAAAGUGACCGCAGACCUGGAUCUUAUGUUCUCUCCUACUUGGGUCACACUGGUAUCAACCAUUUUAGAAUUACAGCUGUUUGUGGAGAUUACUAUAUUGGUGGGAGACAGUUUGAUUCUCUUUCUGAUCUUAUUGGAUACUACACUAGUUGGUCUGACUUGCUUAAAAAGGAACGACUUGUUCAUCCAGUGGCACCCCCCGAGCCUGUAAAUGACAAGAAACGUGUUGUUGCAGUACUUCCCUAUAGCAAGAUGCCUGAUACAGAUGAGAUAAGCUUUCAGAAAGGAGACAUCUUCACCAUACAGAAUGACAUGGGUGAUGGUUGGCUGUGGGCAACACUACACAGAACACAAGAAAGUGGUUUAAUAUUCCAGGAGUUAGUAGAAGAACUGGAUGAUGAUGUUGAUGCCAACGAAAUCUACCCAUGGUUUCAUGGAAAUAUCACAAAAGAGGCUGCAGUAGAGAAACUUGCAAAAAAACCGCCUGAAGUGGGACCGGGUAGCUUUUUAGUUCGCCCUUCAGACAACUCUCCUGGGAAUUAUUCCUUAUUCUUUCAUAUCAACAAUACUAUUCAACGCUUUCGUAUUGAACAUCGAGGAAACAGAUAUUUAAUGGGAGGAAGGUGUUUUGAUAGUUUGGAAGCUGUCAUUAAUCGAUACAAAAAUGAACAGAUUGUAGAAGGGCAUACUCUGGGUGAACCAGUCCUCAAGACAUCUUAUGAAUCACGAGGACUAAGUAAGGCUGAAGAAGUCCAACGAAAAUCUCAAGAUAUUUAUGCCACUUUGAAAGAGAACAGAGAGGCAGGUGCAGCUAAACGUAAAAAGGAUAUUCGUAUGACGGGUUACUUAAAUAAAAAAAGUCAAAGUAACAAAAAAUGGAAAAACCUUUACUUUGAACUUCAAGCUAGGGAACAGCAACUUCUCUACUUUGAGAAUCCAAAACGAACAAAACCAAAAGGCCUAAUUGACCUGAGCUAUACCUAUUUAUACAUGGUGCAUGAUAGUUUAUUUGAAAGGCCCAACUGUUUCCAGUUAGUUGAAAAGGCUUUACCAUGUAUUAGCACGACGUAUUACCUUUGUGCCAGUUCUCCAGACAAUGCUCAGCAAUGGCUUCAGAGCAUCAAACCUCUUUGUGCACCCCAUCAGCGUGGCCGUGCUCCCAGUCAUAAUGUCUCUGAAGUCCGUAGUCUACAUCUGACUUUACUAGAAGCCCAUCGCUUGCCUGUCCGCCUAGUCCCUCACCCUUUUUGUAUCAUUUCCCUGGACAAAGUCAAAGUUUGCCGCACUCAGGUCAAAUGCCCCCCUGAUCCCAUUUGGGAAGAAGACUUCCUCCUUGAAGACAUUCCAUCCGACAUUAGAACAUUUUGUAUUACAUUAUAUAACAAAGCUAAAAAGUCUAGUGACAUAGAAAUAGCGGAGAUGUCUGUAGAACUAAGUACACUAGUCAGUGGAGAAGAAGUUGAAGACUGGUACCCUCUGAGUGGGCUGAGUGCACCUGUCUUGGAAGACUGGGGCUCCCUCAGAGUCAGGACUCGAUAUGUUCAUGAAGUCAUCAUGCCCCUGCGAGAGUAUGAUGCUUUAAAAGAGCUAAUCCUAGAAGAAGAACUAGAAAUAAUCAGUGUUUUAGCAGAUCUCUGUCAUCGUGACAGGACACCUUUAGCUACAGCUGUUUUGCGGGUCUUUAGGUUUGAUAAAAAAGAGGCUAUGCUACUUAAGACUAUGAAUGAUAGGGAAAUAGAGCGGGAAGAUGAGACAUCGACACUGUUUCGUGUGGCUUCACUUACAACUACGCUGAUGGACCAGUACAUGAGAUCUACAGCACAUCAUUUCCUACAGCAGGCCCUCCAGGAGUCUAUUCAAAAAGUGAUGGAGAGUAGACAGUCAUGUGAGCUGAACCCUAGCAAACUAGAAAGUCCUUCAGAAGCUUGCACAAAUGCUGAACAUUUGCUGGCUCUGCUAGACGAGAUCAUCGAAUCCAUAUUUGUGGCAGUGGAUUCUUGUCCAAAGACACUUCGAUACAUCUGCAGCUGUUUACAAAAAAGUGUGAUGGCCAAAUGGCCCAAUGAUCCAUUGGUUAAAACACGUGUUGUGAGUUGUUUUAUUUUCCUAAGAUUACUCUGUCCGGUCAUCCUGAAUCCUCGACAGUUUAAUCUAAUUAAUGAUACUCCAUCAGAGACAGCUGCACGCAGCCUAAUAUUGGUGGCCAAGUGUCUACAAAACCUGGCUAACCUUGUGGAAUUUGGUGCUAAGGAACCCUGGAUGGAGGUUAUUAAUCCUUUCAUUCUAAAAAACAAAAACAGAAUGAUCAAGUUCCUUGAUGACAUAUCGAAUGUCCCCGAGAGACCAGAUCCAGAGGAGACAAUAUCAGGGGAUCCUGCACGUGACUUAGCAACAAUACAUCACAUCUGUGCCACAGAGAAAACGGAGCUUCAGAAUCUUAGUCAGAACUCUGCAACUUUGAAGAAGUUGAUAACGGUAACAGAGAUGUUAUCAAAACAUAAACAGAUCUACAUGGAGAUGUUAAGGUAGUGAUCAUAAAGAAGCAAGUUUGGAACAGCACAGCCAGUCUCAGGUGGGUUCCUCCUGUGUACUGCCAAUUUCUUGACUGUCAAGCCCAUCGCUACUCGUACGCUCCCACAGGAGCCCCACCUGGGCCACUGGUGGACAUAGUGUAGUGGUGAGUUAGUUGGUGCUCCAUCUCCUAUUUAGUUGGUAGCUAGCUUACUCUGUGCUCUUUGAGUUUGUCAUGCUGCUGGUUCCUUUGUUGGAGGGUGUUCAUCACGGAUCUUUGGACAUCCCUCUUCAGAAAGGUCUUACAGCAGCCAACUCGUGUCUUGUUGUGCCAUAUUACUCUUCUUCCGCAACAAAUGUAGCUCCAGUUGUUUGUAUCUGAUCUGUAAACAUGUGUAUCUCUCUCUAUUAAUACAACAGAAAUCUGCCUUACCCAAGUGUUAACUGUUGUUGUUAUUUGACUACAGGUUUUUCUUCUAGUCCUUCUGACUUGCAUUGAUUGUGUGAAACAACAGCAGCAGUUUAGAGACUAUACAGUGUGAACCAUUGUGAAUUACCUCUUAUGUGUAAUACUGACAACAUCAACUUUACUUGCAUUUGGGUUUAAAUGUCUGCUAAGUACAGCCUGAUGUAUGAGUCCAGAAGUAUGAGUUUUUUUUUGUGUGUUUUAGUUGGUAUAAAUAAAAUACGAAUAAAAACUAUGUUUGCUGAAUCAGGAUAAAAAAAAUGAAUAAAUUUGUGUAAAGAAUAAAAAUUACUUUAUUAUUGGUAGCAAAACUCCAACUUUACAAAAUCACUGAAGUUUUGUCAUGGUGUUCAUUAAAAUAUGAAUGAGUUGAUGUGUAGUACAAAGCCCAAAGUCACUGAUUGGCUGUUAGAUGACAUGUAUCAAAGUAUUACCCUUGCUAUUUGACUGGCUACGAAUUCAGAGUUUGAUGAUGUAUCACUGUGUGUUUAACUCAAGUAAUAUAUACUUAGAUCUUGUGAAUAUAAAAUAAUUUUACUGCCCUCAAGGCUUUUGGUAGGUGUGUGGUGCAGACAUUUUAACUGUACUGCCUUGUAAAUAGAAGUAGCUCUUAAACUGGUGUAUAUUCUUCAACAUUAACCUAUGUAUGUUGUUAUUGAAGUCAGUGCAUUUAGAAGUUUUGUUUUAACAUGUUAUUUGAGUCAUCUCACUAGCAACUGUUGUCAAAUGAAAAUGUACUUGUACCUUGCUCCAUUCUUUUCCAGCAAUUAUGCAUUUCUUCUCACUUGUUAGCAUUGUCAAACUAUACACUAAAAGUAAAUUAAUAUGUAUGUUUAGUAACACUAUUGCUGUUCCAUUGUCGUCUUUGUGGAUGAACAGUAUUUGUAUGUUGACUCCUGUGAUCCACAGGCAGUAUGUGAUGAAGUCAGGGAAACAAAAACAUUUUAAUGAUGUUAAAGAACUAAAGAUAAUGCUAUUGUAGUUGUUAAGAUUCCUUUUUUUUUUUUUUUUUUUUUUUUUUUACUAAAUGUGAUGAUCAUUCCAGUUUCUUUCAUAUUCAUGAUAAUCUGUUUGUCACAUGGUUAGAAUUUUAAUUUCUUCCUUCUAAAAAUUUUGUGAGAGUAACAUUUGUGAUGUAAACAACAUUUAAUGCAUAAAAUGUUUGUCAUCAGUGGUUUGUGAAAAAAUUUUACAUAGGCCGUUAAAAAAUCUGUCAAUUUGAAUUUGAAAAAACAAAAAGCAUUUUUCUUAGAUGGUGAGAAAUAUGCAUUUCUUAUCUCAAAUUGUUUAUGCUUUCAGAAAUUUUUUACAGAAUUGCUAUUAAAAUAGGGUGUCAAAAAAUGUUGCUGCUUGCCUCGUAUUGGAAUAAGCAAAAUAUUUCUAGAUUGCUGGUUGGUAAUUAAAAACUUCCUUAGAAAUUGGACUGGUAACUUUUAAAUUGCAAUGUUUGCUUAUUGGAAAGUAUUGAAACUCUUAGCCCUCAGGUGGUAAAUACAGGGUUGAAAAUUUCUCAGGACUAUUGGUUAUAUAUAAUUAGAGAUGUUAACUAAGUUUAACAUGUUUUUUAAUGAAUUAAAAUUUUUGGGUACUCUAAACACCUUGGCUAAUAGUUAUAAAAGUUUUUUUUAAAUAAUCUGGUAGUAAUAGGGUUAAUUAGAGAAAUUAUAGUGGUUUGAUUUUUGUUCUCACUUAUUAUUUAUGGUAAUUAAUAAAAUUGUUGCAUAAUUUUGCUGUAAUUCAAAUUUAUUUACAAAUUUCACAAAAAUCGAGGUUCAUAAAUAUAAAAAAUUAAUAAACAUUUUUACCCCAAACUUAACUGCUGUAGUGAAAUUAUGUGUAGCUUUAAAGAAAAGGGUAAAUGAUAAUGUGUUGUGUAAUGUAGUAAAUAUGUGUUAUUGUAUAUUGUUUUGUUGCAUAUGUUUUGUGAUGACUGUUUUUAUUCCCAAAUCCUUUAUGUGAAGCUAUAAACUGAACUGAUGAUGUUGCAGCUUGAGAUUUAAUGGGUCAGAUAUAUAUAUAUAUAUAUAUAAUAGUUUUUUGUUGUUAGCGAAUGUAACUGAACAUUGGGAAAGAUGCUUUAAGACACUUAGAGAGUGUUCUUAUAUUGUGCAGUUUGUUGGAAGCUAUUCUUCAUGCAGUGGUAUGUUUUGACCUUUCAAAGGUCCAGGUUACAAUAAGAAAAUGUAACUGUUAAAAGAAAAAGGCUUCCUUCUAACUUAAACUUUUUCAUCGAGCAUAUACUUUUGAAAAUAGUUUCUAAGUUUUUACCAAGAAUUUUUUCAUUGCAGAAUUGUUUAAAUCAAGAAGAAUAAUUCACAUUUAAUAGCUGAUUUGUCUGUGUCUGGAAAAUUUGAUCAUUCCACAAGCUACAAAGAAUUCGAUAAUUAUUUUCUUAAACUUUUCCGACUAUUUAUUUUUUGCACUUUUCAAUUAAUUAAAUUUUACUAUUUGUUUGUUAUCUGAGUUUUUAUCUGCAAAUGCAUAAUGUUAAAUUGGAAAAAAAAAAGAUGGUGAUAGUUAUUAAAAAGUAAUAAAGACUUUUUAGCAUUUUCAUUGGAUAAUGAAUGACACUUAUACUUAUUUGUAAUUAUUCUUUGAUUAUUGUAAAAUCUAUUUGAUUUGGUUCUCUUAAUUAGUUUGUAAUAUAUAUAUAUAUAAACAAAUAUUUAUUUUGAGAUUAUAAGUACCAGUUACUGUAAGUAUGAGGAAUAUUAAUGUGGCCAGGAUAUAUAUAUCUUUGUAUGGUUGCAGUGAGUGAUUGAGGAGUUGUGUUAACUAGGAUAAAUCUAUUGUUAAAAUAUGAAACAAAAAAUCACUUGAAAUUAAAAGUAAUGUAGAUAAAUUAUUUUUGGAAGCUUUCUAUUAAAUUUUUACAGUAUAAAGGGUAUGUGUUACCACUUAAAGAUACAGGGUGGAACUUCACAAUGAAAAGUUGAAAUUUCAAUUAAUGUGAUAACUAAUAAAAGAGAAAUGAUGAUUGCCUAUAUGAUGAAACUGAAAAGACUUAAUUAUAAAGUAACAUAGUUGGAAAUUAGUAAUUAAAGGAAUAUUGAGUUUGUGAGAAAAAGCAAUUAAUGAUUAAUAGAGUGAAAGUGGAAAUUUACAAUGAAAUGAAAGUAGGUAAGUUUGUGUUCCAAGCAAAAUGUUGGAGAGUUAGCAAUGUCAGUGACAUUAUUACUUUAAAAAAUAUAUAAGAAAUAUCAUUAACAUAAUUAUGUAUAACCAGAAAAGGAACUUGGAAUUUAUUUUACAAAAAAUAUCUGCUGAUGCAAGGAAGGUGAGUAAGAUAGAUUGUGUAGAGGACAAACUUCAUUACAAGAAAUUAGUAGUGAGUAAACAAAGUGGUUUCUCUUGUUGCCACUUUUCUUAGCCUAAUAUUUAAACUGUGAUUAAAAAAAAUUCUUUUCUGUAGAAAUGCAAGAAUCUUAUUAUCUUCACAGAGAGUUUGAACUUACAAUGUAUGUAAAUUAUUGUUGGAUAAAACAGAAGGUUUAUCUUUGCAAAAAUGUAAUUAAAAUUAACAAACUUAGUAAACAUUAAAACAAAUGGAAUGUUUCUUUUUAUAAAUUUAGUAUUUUUUUUUUAUGUGCACUAAAAGAGAAAUAUUAGAUUUUCCUACAUACAGAAAAAGAGAAAUUGUUUUAAAAUUGUACUAUUGUAUUACUAAGUUAAAUGAAAACAAGAAACAGAAAUACGAUUUAAAUAUUCUCAUGUAACUUUCAUUAAAACUUACUGUUGUUGCUUUCAUUAUUUUGUUUUCUAUUCAUUAAAUUUAAUAUUUUUGCACUUUCAGUAAGGUAAAAGGCAAAUUUAGGAAUAAAACAACCAUCAAAAGUAUUGUUGUUAAACUGUGAGUGUUUUAUACAUCUCCUUUAAAAAGUAAAAAUUAUUUAUGUGAAGUAAGAUCAUGUAUUACAAAAUUGAAUUAUGCUAAGUGUGGUAUAUAAAAUCAACUGAACUGGAAGUAAUGAACUGCAAAUUAUAAAGUAAAAAAGAAUAACUUAAUUUAUUAAGGUGGUUUUAUGCAACUCUUUAGUCUGACUUUGUGCUUUCAACUUUUCUGUUGUAAGAGUUAAGGAAAAUAAGUUAUUUGUUGUUUAUUUUUAAUAAUGUUGUCAGGAUUGUUGCUUGUUAGAAUCUCACAGACUCUUGCUGCCACGCACACACUUAUCUGGGGGAGGGGGGGUCAGCUGACCUGGCUAAGAUGGACCAUUAUUAAGUGGCUGUUCUGCUCAGAGAGAAUCCCAGUGAAACUUUCAACUUUUUAAAUGUGAUAUUUUAUAACCUAGUUAUUCAGGGCUGUUUUUACCCUUUGAUUAUUAAUUAAGGUUAUUUUUGUUCUGGCUUUUUAUCCAUUUAUGUUUUUGCUUUUUUUUAUUCAUAACUCUUCAGGCAGCUGUGUUUGCUUUGAAAUUAUGUCAAGGCUAGGCUUUGCUCACUUAAUUGUGAAAAAGUAUAAUUAGCUUUACAACUAACUAGCUUUAGAUUUUAUAUGCUUAAAGUACGUUAAAUUGUUUUUCUCAAAUGCUUAAAGUAAUGUUUAUAAAAGUCAUUUUUCUAAAACAUCUGUUUUGAUUUGAUGUUCCUUUCAGUGUAUUUAUUUCAAACGAAAAGAUGCAUUGUAUGUUGAAUAAAGUGCUUCACACAGUCAGUAUUUCAA